AUGCUACGCUCCUCUUGCUGUUUGUGGGCGGCGGUGACCCCCACCUCCGCUGACGUUGCCGCAGCCCUCCGUGUGUUGGGGCUUGACGCCAGCAACCCGCAGCACGCCACCAGCGAGCGGGUGCGGGCGCAGUACCUACACCUUGCCAGGCUACACCAUCCCGACUUGAGCAGCGGCGACGACAAAAAAAUGAAGGUUAUCAAUACGGCGUACGAGAUGCUGCAGACUAGUGGUGCGCUGAACACACUUUCCAUGAACGAAAAGGGCUGGCAGAGUGCGCAGGCGAAGCAGGAGGGCGGGGGCGCAAGUGAGACACGGUUUACACCCAAAGCAAAGCUGCGACGGCGUCGGGUGCCGGAUGACUUUGCGGAUGGCGACACAUGGAGCAUGAAGUCCACACUGGAGUGGGAAACACUGAUGAACUCCACCUUUGGCCUGAACGGUCUGAGCGAAGAGGAGUUGAAGAAUCCCGUAAACCACCCCUUUAGCCACAGCAAGUUUUUCACCUUUGAAGAUGACACCACCAUCUAUCGCAUGAUCCGUGGUGGGGCGACAGUCAGGCAGGUGGCUCGCACACUUGGGAAGUCACCCACGUUUGUGGAAAGGCGGCUGCAUAAUGCGCAGUUUAAGCAGCGAAUUCAGUACGUGCUGCGUCACGAAAAACGACGUCAUCAGGAGCAACGAAAGCAGCGGCAGCAGCAGGGUGGAUCUCACAGUGGAAAGCAAGCAUCAAACUCGGGUGGCGUCAAUGCGACGGAGCGUGUCUUUGGUGUAUCGGAUGCCUUCCAUACGGCAAUGCGGGAGCAGCAGCACAAACCACGACACGAACAACAGUCUUCUGGUGAAGAGAGUCGACGGAAAAAGGAGUGGGAACCAACCAUCCCAAAUUUAGAAUCCCCCACCUUUUUUGCUGAGAUGAGCCUGGAGGAAAAAGGGAUACAUGCUGGAUUGUUGCGGGAAGAACAGCGGCAACAGCAGGUUCCACUCUCGUGGACACGAGCCGCCUCGAAAGUGGGACGGUCCUACGCGAACUAUGCACGAUUUGCAGGUAAAACGGCGAAGAAGUCGUAG